AUUUAGUUUUUUAACCGUACAUCACUAGUUAGCUGUGACUAAAAUUUGCCUUUGGUACCCCGAUCCUAACGUGUAAACCUUCAUAACGGCGCCCCAAAUAAUCAGGGCAUGAAUUUACCAACCGUGUGUAAUCACCAUCAAACUGCCGUAAUCACCAAUCUCCGCCAUUAAAUUUAACAAUUCAUCCAAAGGGUCAACUUUUAAUUACAAUGGCAAGUAAGGGUAGACUUCCUCCUCAUCCUUAUAGGCGUCCUCUUCCUAGCCCCGGAAUGGGACAUCUUGAUUCAAUUCCUCCUGAAAUGCAUCCUCAACGUGGUGGAUUUCCUCCGUUUGAUAUGCUGCCACACCCGGAAGUCAUGGAACAGAAGCUUGCUGCACAGCAUGUCGAGAUGCAGAAACUUGCAACAGAAAACCAGAGGUUUGCUGCUACUCAUGGGACUUUGAGGCAAGAUCUUGCCGCCAUACAGCAUGAACUGCAAAUGUUGCAUAAUCAUGUAGGAGCUGUGAAAUCUGAGAGAGAACAGCAAAUAAUGGCUCUUUUAGAUAAACUUGGGAAAAUGGAAGCAGAUCUCCAAGGUGCAGAGCCACUUAAGUUGGAACUUCACAAGGCUAGAACAGAGGCACAGAGCUUGCUUUCAGCUCGGGAUGAACUUGUUUCAAGAGUGCAGCAAUUAAAUGAUGAUCAUCAGAGGGUUCACAUGGAUUUGCAGCAGAUUCCUGCUCUGAUGUCAGAACUUGAGAACCUUAGGCAAGAGUAUCAGCAUUGUAGGGCAACUUAUGACUAUGAGAAGAAAUUAUACAACGAUCAUCUUGAAUCUCUUCAGGUGAUGGAAAAGAACUAUAUGACUAUGGCAAGCGAGGUGGAAAAGCUUCGAGCAGAAUUGAAGAAACAUGCUGAAAAUGACAAGAAAGCUGCAGCUGCACCUGUCCCUUAUGCUGGCUUUCCUGGGCACAAUGACAAAGAAGCUUCUGUCCAUUAUCCUGUUGGACAAAAUGCUUAUGAUGAUGCUUAUGGUGUACCCCAGGGGCGUGGUCCACUCCCAGGAGGUGGUACUGUUGCAACUGCUGAUGGGAAUACUCCGGUUGGAGUUCAAUCUGGACCUGCUGCUGUGAGGGCUGGUUAUGAUGCUUACAGAGGACCUGGACCUACUGGCCCAGGCUAUGAUAUGCAGGGAGGUCCUGGUUUUCAUAAAGGACCCGGUGUGCCAGCCUAUGACCCACAACGAGGACAUGUGCCACCCUAUGAUCCACAAAGAGGUCAUGGUGUGCCUGCCUAUGAUCCACAAAGAGGACCUGGUGGACCUUAUGACACACAAAGAGGCCCUAAUGCACCAGCUUAUGACCCCCAGAGAUAUGACACACAUAGAGGACCUGCUGGGCCUGGUUAUGAUCCUUAUAGAGUACCUGGUGGAACAGGGUAUGAUGGACAAAGACCUGAUGGAAGUGGCUAUGAUGCACGUAGUGGAUUCAACUCUGAUGCACAGAGAGGUCCCGUUUAUGACCCACAUAGAGGCCCGCAGUUUGGUGGACCUGGCUACGAGAUGCAUAGAGGAACCAGCUAUGAUUCACCUUCUGGGCACCAAGGCCAAGCGACGACACAACCUGCUCAUGCUGGAGGUGGUUUUCAGGGAGCACAGGUGCCACCGCCACCACCACCACCAGCAGCUGGCCACCACCCUGGUCGCAGAUAAGCUUGGCCUUGUUUUGGAAUGCAAACUUAAUCUUUGAUUUUUUACUAUUUGCCAGUGAUCUUUUCAGUUGAUGUUGUAAGGUAUAAAGAGAUGUACUACUUACAAUUAUGAGGUUGCGUUCUUGGAAGUAAUUUGCCGAAAUACGUAACAUUAUUGCA